GGCUCUGCCGCCACUUCCGGUGUCGCGCGGCGGCUCCCGGCAGGAGGGGAAGGGCACACCGCCAGCUCCGGGCCAGGCUGCGAAGGCCGCGGACCCGAGCCGGGAAGGACCUUGGGCGGACGACCCUGAGCCGCGCGUCCCGCAGCCAUGGAGCAGGACGACCCGGCCGAGGCGCUGACGGAGCUACGCGAGCGGCGGCUGGGCGCGCUGGAGCUGCUGCAGGCUGCGGCCGGCUCGGGCUUGGCGGCCUACGCGGUGUGGGCGCUGCUGCUCCAGCCCGGCUUCCGGCGCGUGCCGCUGCGGCUGCAGGUGCCCUACGUUGGCGCGAGCGCGCGGCAGGUGGAGCACGUGUUGUCGCUGCUGCGAGGCCGCCCCGGAAAAACGGUGGAUCUGGGCUCUGGCGACGGCAGGAUCGUGCUGGCGGCCCACAGGUGCGGCCUCCGCCCGGCCGUGGGCUACGAGCUGAACCCGUGGCUGGUGGCGCUGGCGCGGCUGCACGCCUGGAGGGCCGGCUGUGCCGGCAGCGUCUGCUAUCGCCGCAAGGAUCUCUGGAAGGUGAGCCUGAGGGACUGCCGCAACGUGUCUGUGUUCCUGGCCCCUAGCGUGCUCCCACUGCUGGAGGACAAGCUGAGAGCAGAGCUGCCUGCCGGGGCCCGCGUGGUGUCUGGGCGCUUCCCGCUCCCCACCUGGCAGCCUGUGGCCGUGGCUGGCGAGGGCCUGGACCAAGUCUGGGCCUACGAUGUUCCUGGGGGUGGGUAGGCUGGGGAGGCCGUCUCCUCGCAGAUACCCAUCCAGGCUGCCCCCUGACCUAGUUCUGCCUGCGUCCUGGGGGCCCAUGUUUCUCAGGCCAGCUGAGUGUUCAAAUACGAUAAAGACUCUGGGGUUGUA